CUUUCACACAACAACAACACCACCUUUGUAGGCUUCACCAACAUCCUUUAGCUGCAGUCCUCGAUGUAAUUCUGGCACCCUGCUCACCGGCGAAAUGCCUACGCAACUGGCGCACCCAUCCCCGAAGCGCAAGCGCGAUCAACCCCCGCCUGUCCCUCUGCUCAACACGGCCCUCGCCCUGCGUCCCGCAUCAGCACCACCGCGAGGCAAUCCCGCGCCCUCAUCAGGCCCCGAUAGCCCACGAAAUGCAGUCGCAGAUCAGCUACGAGGUAUGAACCUCACUGCACUCGCGGCAAUACCCAUGUCCCCGCUCACACCAACCGACGAUGUAAUACGCAAGAAGCCAAAGCUCGAUGCCAUGAGAGUAGACAGUGGAACUGCAUCAGAUACAUAUACUAUACGCGAGCAAUUCAACAGCUAUACAAACGGGGAAGACUUGGAUACUGUCGCUGUCACGGCUGAGCUGGGCUUCUCUCGGGUGAUACCAGAGACCCCUCAGGCGUCGCAACCCCGCUUGUUGCCAGAUAUCGCUUCUUUUGCCCAACACACCAGCUUCGUCUCAUCGCCUAUACCUACGACGCUACAGUCGCAUACAGCUGCGAAGCAGAAGUCGCGCGCGCAAAACCCCUCUUCUUCGCAACCCCGCCCUCGGGCUAGAUCGCCGUCGCCCUCAAUGUCGGCUCUCACGUGGCGAGAUAGCGAGAUCACGGGACACUUGGUCGAUCCUUCAACUGACCCAGAUGAUGACGGUACUGGACUCAACGGGAUUGGCUUCAAGCCUACACCAGCAUUAGCAUAUGCAAGGUCGCAGAAGCGGCGACAACAGUUGACUGAGUGGAAACUACGUGAGACUCGCGAGGCGAGAGCAAAACGUAGUGAGAGAAGGCGAAGGGGCGUGCGAGACACACCUUCGAGGGAAGUGACAGUUGAACGCGAAGUCAUGCCUGUCAACAAGAUCGAGACCACGAAGCGGACGGUCAAGUUUGCUGUAUGAACUGUCGAGGAGAAGUAAUCGUAAUUCCGGAGAAGUGUAAUAAGGUGGGUAAGCCCAAACAUGGAUAAUGACCAUCUCACGAUACUUAUGAUACGAGCCAUGGGCGAGUACACGUUGGAUUAGCGGCACGCUUGGAGUACGGCGUAACAGGGAAUCCUUUCGGUUUACUAUACGAUUAGCAUCAUUCGUCGGGCGUUUUGUUCACUUAUAGCGUUAAGAAUCUACUCUCGAUUUUCUCUUAA